CCAUCUGGCCACACUGAUUGCCUUGUUUUUGUCCAAUUCUCCAUCAUGUCCUCCAGCGCCAAUCCUUUUGCUCAAUUUGAGGAAUCGUUCACCAAAGACGGCAACGUCUACAAAUACUUCGACCUGCCCUCCAUUGACAGCAAAUAUGAUUCCCUUCCAUUUUCUAUUCGCGUUCUGCUGGAAUCCGCAGUGCGUAAUUGCGACCUCUUCCACGUUCUAGAAAAAGACGUGCAGAGCAUUUUGGGAUGGACCCCUGGCCUGAAACAAGGAGCCAAUGACGUGGAGGUGUCGUUCAAGCCGGCACGUGUUAUUCUACAGGAUUUCACUGGUGUCCCCGCCGUGGUAGACUUUGCCGCCAUGCGAGAUGCCGUCCGGCAGCUGGGCGGCAAUCCCGAGAAAAUCAAUCCCGUCUGUCCCGCCGACCUGGUCAUUGACCACUCCGUGCAGGUUGAUUUCGCCCGCACCUCGGAUGCCCUGUCCAAGAAUCAGUCCCUGGAGUUUGAGCGCAACAAAGAGCGCUUCACAUUCCUCAAGUGGGGAGCCAGAGCCUUCGACAACAUGCUGAUCGUGCCCCCUGGGUCCGGCAUAGUGCAUCAGGUUAACCUGGAGUACUUGGCGCGUGUAGUUUUCGAGAGCAAUGAAGCCGAUGGUUCGAAAAUCCUGUACCCGGACAGCGUCGUGGAGAAACUGGGCUUCGAUAUCGUCGGCUACGGGUGCAUGACCUGUAUUGGAAACUCUGGUCCUCUGGAUGAAAAUGUUGUGAAUACCAUCGAAAAGAACGGAUUGGUUUGCUGUGGUGUCCUUUCGGGCAACCGGAAUUUCGAAGGACGCAUCCAUCCCAAUACGCGAGCCAACUACCUCGCUAGUCCGCUGCUGGUGAUAGCCUAUGCCAUCGCCGGACGAGUGGACAUAGAUUUUGAAACAGAGCCGCUGGGAGUGGAUUCAAAUGGCGAAAAUGUGUUUCUCCGCGACAUCUGGCCUACCCGAUCUGAAAUUCAAGAUGUGGAGCGAAAGCAUGUUAUUCCAGCCAUGUUCCAGGAAGUUUACAGCAAAAUCCAGCUGGGCUCACAGGACUGGCAGACGCUGCAGGUUUCAGAUGGAAAAUUGUAUCCUUGGAGUGAGGCAUCUACAUACAUCAAGCGGCCUCCCUUUUUUGAGGGCAUGACGCGAGAGCUGCCUAAGCUGAGCAGUAUUGCUAACGCCCGUUGUCUUCUCCUGCUGGGAGACUCUGUGACCACCGAUCAUAUCUCGCCGGCGGGAUCCAUUGCUCGGAGGUCUCCUGCAGCGCGUUACUUGGCGGAGCGUGGGCUCACGCCGCGAGACUUUAAUUCCUACGGAUCCAGGCGUGGCAACGAUGCAGUUAUGGCUCGAGGAACCUUUGCAAACAUUCGACUCGUCAACAAGCUCGCCUCCAGAACAGGUCCCACCACUUUACACGUUCCCAGUGGCGAGGAGUUGGACAUUUUCGACGCGGCGGAGAAGUACCGAAGUGAGGGCACUCCUCUGGUUCUGGUUGUUGGCAAGGACUAUGGAAGUGGCAGCUCCAGAGACUGGGCCGCCAAGGGACCGUUCCUUCUGGGCAUCAAGGCCGUGCUUGCCGAGUCCUACGAGCGCAUUCACCGCUCCAACCUGGUGGGUAUGGGCAUUAUCCCUCUGCAGUUCCUGCCAGGGCAGAACGCCGAAACUCUGAAGCUGAGUGGCCGCGAGACCUAUAAUAUCGACCUGCCUAGCGACUUAAAGCCCGGCCAGCGCAUCCAGGUGGAGGCCGAUGGAAAUGUUUUCGACACCACGCUGCGCUUCGACACGGAGGUGGACAUUACCUAUUUCAAAAACGGUGGAAUUCUGAACUAUAUGAUCCGCAAGAUGCUGGAUUAACCAACGCAUUUUCAAGCAAUUUUAUUCCAUGUGCAUUUCAAUGUAAAUGUUAUUUUUUAUUUUAAUAUGAAAUAUUAUAUUUGAGUUUUUGUUUGGUAA